ACUGCAUAGGUAGAGACGCGCACGGCCCGCGCGCCAGUCCGCCGUCCACGCUCUGCCGACCCGGUCACACAACGACACUCCAGACUCCACCAUGAACACUCUCAGGAUUUGCGUGCUGACCCUGAGCCUCGCGGCCGCGGCCCUGGCGUACCCCCAGUACACCGCCGUCCAGGCAACCCUGGCCGCGGUGUGCGAGCUCAAGGCCGCCACAGGUUCGACCGUUAGCGGCCAGGUGCAGCUGCUGCAGUCGUCCCCCGGCUCCCCCGUCAGGGUGUCCGGCCUGAUCCACGGCCUGGGCCCCGGCGAGCACGGCUUCCACCUCCACCAGGAAGGCAACCUCGGCGACGACUGCAAGGCCGCCGGCCCCCACUUCAACCCGGCCAAGGUCCGCCACGGCUCCCCCUCGGACGCGUCCCAGCACGCCGGCGACUUCGGCAACAUCGUGGCCUCGGACCAGGGCGUCGCGACCGUCGAGUUCCAGACGCCGCAGGUGUCGCUGGAGCCCAACGCGGUCAACGGCGCCCUGGGACGCGCCUUCGUGGUGCACGCCCUGCCCGACGACCUCGGCCGCGGCAACACCGAGGAGUCCACCAAGACGGGGUCCGCCGGCGCGCGCGUCGCGUGCUGCAUCGUCACCCAGGCCUACUCGGCCUAGGCGACACCCACCCACCACACCAUCCCCCAUCGCUGUCCUCACCCACCAGCCUUCCAGACCAGCAUGUCCACGCCGCGGAAAAUAAGUGCCUAGUCUCUCAUCGCCCUCCUUCGUUACAUUUUUAUUAGUCUUUAAUUCAGUCACUGAAUAAAACGAAUAUUUAUUUGUGUCAUGGA